UAAAGGGGUUCUUAUGCUAAUUUGUAAUUAAAAAAAAAGGAAAACAAAAAUUAAUUUAAGACCCGUGUCUUAAUUAAGAGGAGGAAGAGCCGAGUCUUGGAGACACGUGUUAGAAGAAUAGAGAGUUUGGUGUUUCUCCCCUUUCUCUCUUGCGAAGGAUCAAUCGACGAUUCAUCGAUUAAUCUCUUCCUCAGUUGUUCUGUCGACGAUUCAUCACCAAACCUCGGCGGUAAUGGCGACGAACAAAGGGGAAGUUUUGAUGCUGGAGGCGGCGCCUGAGGCUACGAAGCCUUGGGCAAGCGCGGCGAAUGCAGAGGCCUUGGGCUAUGAAGCCUUGGGCAAGCGAUUCAUCACCAAACCUCGACGAUGUCUCAAACUACUGGUAAACUCGGAAUGGUUACUCUGUACAGUGAAGUGGUGCCAUCAUCUCUUGUGGAGAUUGCUCCUAUCCUCCGUGUAGCCAAUGAAGUAGAAGCUAGUAACCCUCGUGUUUCUUACUUAUGUCGGUUUUAUGCAUUUGAGAAGGCAUGUAAGCUUGAUCCCACAUCAAGUGGUCGUGGUGUUCCCCAGUUCAAGACUGCUCUUCUUCAGCGCUUAGAACAUGAGAAUGAAACAACUCUCGCAGGAAGCCAGCAGAGUGACGCACGCGAUAUGCAAAGCUUCUAUCAACUUUACUACAAGAAAUACAUCCAGGCUUUGCAAAACGCUGCUGACAAAGAUGACCGUGCUCAACGUACAAAGGACUAUCAAACUGCUGCUGUUCUCUUUGAAGUCUUGAAGGCUGUUAAGGAAGUGCCUGUUGAGAAGGCCACACAAAAGUUGAAGAAAAAAUCCAAAACGACGUGGAUCCUGAUAGUCAAAUUCAGGCUAUAAAGAGAUUUCCUAAAGUUAACCAAAUAAUCAUAUCCAUUUAUGUUUAGUCAUUUUCUUAGUCAGAAAAAUUAACACUUACACACUGUUCUACAGAUACAAGCUAUGGUUAUCGCACUUCGUAACACUAGGGGUCUACCAUGGCCAGCAGUUGGUCUCUGUUUUCCAGAAUGCAAAGACUAGCUCAGGGGCAGAACGAGGAGAUUGAAAAAGUUAAUCGCGAGAGGAAGUAUCAUAAGGCUUUGUCGUACAUCAUUACUAUUUUCAAUCAAUGCACGACGGGUUUCAAAGGAUGAGCUCUUAGUUUCGAAAAAUCCAGACUAGCAUCGAGCUCUUCGUCUAGCUCCCCAAUAACACCUCUGAUCAAACAUAACAAUUGUAGCGUUAGAUAAUCAAUCAAUCAAUCGAUGAUGGGUCAACAUGAAAAUGUGAGGAUGAGAUUUUACAUGUUGUCGCCUCUGAUAAUGUACAAACCCAACACAAGUUGUUGUACUCCUUCCUGAUAUAUCAAGACACGUAAAACACCAACACAUUCAGAGAGUGAAAACCAAAGUAAGAUGUCUCAAUCCUCUAUCAGUAACUUAGAAGUGACUUUGUUCAUGUUUGAGCCCACCAGACAGUAACGGAAGUGAUUAAUAAGACAGUUAAAGACGCAACU